CAUGUGACUUGAUCUGGCAAACAUGGCGUCCGGACAAAACAAGGGGUCUGCUGCUGGGGUUUUUAAACAUGCGUUUACUGUUUUAAUCGGUUUGUGUUUUAUGUGCGCAUAUGUUCGGGCAGAUAUACAAACCGCUGUUAUUGACAAACAAACCGGACAGCUGUCUGUUGUUGAGGGAUAUCGAGAAGAUUUUGUGGCCUGGGCAAACUUCACUGAUGACAUCAAAACAUCAGGCUGGUCUUUCUUGGAGGUCACCACCAGCACUCAGUACAAUGACAGCAUCCAGGCUUACGCUGCCGGUGUGGUGGAGGCUGUACUCACAUCUCAGCUCAUCUAUAAGCACUGGAUGAACACUCUGAUGGGUUACUGUGGGCCCUUCGCCACUAGAACUGGUUACUGCGAGCGCCUUAAGACCUUCAUCUCAACCAAUCUGCAGUGGAUUCAGGAUCAAAUAGAGAAGCAGCCCAGUUCACCCUACUGGUACCAGGUGCGUCUGGCCCUGCUGCAGCUGAAAGGUCUAGAGGACGGCUUCAAUGACCAGCUGUCAUUUCCAUUAGGGUCGUUCUACCUCAACCCAUUUGGCUUCUUACUGUUCCAAAUGGGUGGGGAUCUGGAGGACUUGGAAUCAGCUCUGAACAAAUCCAGCCUUACUCAACCUCUUGGAUCGGGCUCCUGUUCGGCUCUCAUUAAGCUGCUGCCCAACAAUAAGGAUCUCCUGGUGUCACAUGACACCUGGAACACUUACCAGGCCAUGCUGCGCAUCAUGAAGAAAUACAUGUUUGCUUUUAGAGUUUCCCCUUCAGACGAGCACCUUCUUCCUGGAGGAAUUCAGGCAUUCUCCUCUUACCCUGGAUCGAUCUUCUCUGGAGAUGACUUUUAUAUCUUAAGUAGUGGCUUGGUUACUUUGGAAACCACCAUUGGCAACAGUAACCCCGCUCUCUGGAAGUUUGUGCAGCCCACAGGGAGCGUCAUGGAGUGGCUCAGGAACAUUGUGGCUAAUAGACUAGCUUCUACGGGCAAGGAGUGGGCCGAAAUAUUCAGCAAAUACAACAGUGGAACGUAUAAUAACCAGUGGAUGAUUGUGGACUAUAACCACUUUACUCCGGGGAAGACUGACAUUAAAGAGGGACUCUUUGUUGUGCUGGAGCAGAUUCCGGGAGAAGUUGUUUUCCAAGAUAAAACUCAGGAACUGCUGGAGAAAGGGUACUGGGCAAGUUACAACAUACCAUACUAUGAGGAAAUAUUCAAUGCAAGUGGCUGCAAUGAGCUGGUGGAGAAGUACGGCCCGUGGUUCUCUCUGGACCAGAAUCCUCGGGCUCAGAUCUUCAGAAGAAACCAGACAGCUGUCACAGAUGUGGACUCCAUGAUCCGCCUUAUGAGGUAUAAUAACUUCAAGGAAGACCCAUUGUCAAAGUGUGAAGGCUGCAAUCCACCUGGAAACGGAGAGAAUGCCAUCUCAGCCCGUUCAGACCUGAACCCGGCGAAUGGAACGUAUCCGUUUGGCGCCUUGAGGCAGAGGUCGCAUGGAGGAACAGACAUGAAGAUGACCUCCUACGGGAUGUUUCGUGACUACGGUAUGAUGGCAGUGAGUGGACCAACAUGGGACCAGGUGCCGCCCUUCCAGUGGAGCACUUCCCCUUACACAGAUCUGAUGCACAUGGGGCACCCCGAUACUUGGGCAUUCAAGCCGAUAAAAGUCACCUGGAAUCCUUAGUUGUUUUAACGCUGAAUAUACGAGUGGCAUGAUCAAUGUAAAAACUGCCGGCGGUUUGAAGUUUGGACAAAGGGAAAUUAUACUUGGAUUCAUUGUGACUCCACUUUUAUGAACUCAAUAGUCAUGUUAAUGAUUAUCAGAAGAGUGGCAAUAAUAUCCAGCAGGUAUUACAGUUAUGCACUAUUUUCAUAAUUAAAGCACACAAGGUAUACAAAUGUUGCAAUAUGAACUACAUAUCUGAUUUUCAUGUUUGGUUUGCUUAAUAAGUGUACCUAUUGCGUAAAUCCCACUUGUUUCAAUUGUGUUGCCAUUUUCUUGAAAUUGAAAAAUGUUUUCACAUGACCACACCUUUCUUUUGAGAAAAACGCUAAGUUCAAUAAUGCAGAUAAAGAAGCAUGUCACUGUGAAGUCAAAUGUCUUGAUUAGUUUUCGAAUAAUUGUAAUAUAAUGCCUUAUAUGAUUUGGGUAUUUUUUUCAAAUUAUUUUCUAAAUAAAAUGCUCAGAUUGUUGAAUUUUA